UUUGUCUUUCUUUCUCUGCGAACAGCUUCUUGAGAGAUAUUUCUAGGGUUUUUUCUUCACCCUUUUGUUUACAGAGAUUUAUUCGCUUAAACAUCCACAAGAAAUGCAUAGAGAAAAGAUACUAGCGAUUUAAGAUAUGUCAGGUUUAGGACUCAGUUGCUGCCAGAUUCAAGACAUCCCAGCUUCAAGCAGCGACAAUGACCGAGAAAAGAUUGAAAUUGCUAGAAACAAAAAAGCUAAAGUCAACAAUUCAGUCACAGAAUCUGAUCCUUGUUCAUCAGACCACUCUUGUUCUGUGGCCCUUGAAACGGCUUCCAAUCUACAAAAAGAUGUCCCGUGUCUUCCGUCAAGCCAAAAUCAAUUUAUGACAUUGCGAGUUGCACCUAACAGCCUCAUAAGUGGUAGACAGUACCUUGCAAUGUCGUUUAUGAGGAAACAUGGUAUUACCAAACUUGGGCCAAUAUCUAUGAUAGGAAAAAAUGGUACAAAGUGGUUAGUUAAUGUUAGAGGAGAAGCCUUAGGAAAAUCAUUGUGUUUGGGAAAGGGGUGGAAAAACUUUGCGAAAGCAAAUGGAUUAGAGCCGGGUAGAUUAUUCACCCUGGAAUUAGUAUGGGAAAACGAACUUCCGAUGCUCAAACUGUUCUACACAGAUGGUGAUAUAAAACACAAAGGAGAAUCUUCAAAAGCCAAGGAAACAGACGAGUUCAACAUAGAUGAGACGAGCAAUUCACUUUCACUAAUCCAAAACCGAUUAGUGGACAUUAGCACUUGUACCUGAAGAUGUCAAAGCCUGUAAAUUGCAUCUUCCAAGUGAAUUCUUGAGAGCUAAUGGCAUCAACAAGCUUGGGAAGAUGAUUCUGUUGGGUAAAGAAGGUAUGAAGUGCACAGGAUAUCUAUUCUCAAGAGAUGGAUUUGUGGCUCUAGGAAUUGAUUGGAAGGGUUUUUGUGAGGCUAAUGGAGUCAAAACCGGAGUCUCUAUCAUUUUAGAAUUCAUUUAUAAAGAAGAAACCACAACACCGAUAUUUAAGUUUUGUCCCAACUCCAGGGACUAUAAAUAAGAAAAAAAUGUUAAAUUAAAGCAUGUAAAGUGCACAAGACUUUACUGUAAAACCAAGCUUUUUGUUUGUUAACCAAUA